UCGCCGAGGUUGGCGACGGCGCCAUUUUGAAUUGGCUGAGGGUCGGAGGUGGUGGCUGCUGAACGGGGCUCCCCGUCCACCCAGGAAACCAGCGAGAAAGGAGCGAGGUCUGAAUAUGGCAGCGAAUAGGAACUUGAAGCAAGUGCGGAUCGAGAAUAGCUCCCCGGCGGCGCCGCUGGGCAUGGUGGGGGGUGGCGGUGGCGGUGGCAACCUGAAGGGAUUGCGGGGCCUAGAAACGGAGAGCGAGGCAGCGGCGGCCAUGGCGCUGGUUCCGAGCAAAGAAGGUGGAGAUGAAGAGCAGGAGGUUGGCUUCACCAUCGAUAUCAAAAGCUUUCUCAAACCUGGCGAAAAGAGCUACACGCAGCGUUGCCGGCUGUUCGUAGGAAAUCUGCCUACUGAUAUCACGGAGGAAGAUUUCAAGCGCCUCUUCGAGCGCUAUGGGGAGCCCAGCGAGGUCUUCAUCAACCGGGACCGUGGCUUCGGCUUCAUUCGCCUGGAAUCUAGGACACUGGCUGAAAUAGCAAAGGCAGAACUUGAUGGUACUAUUUUGAAGAGCAGACCACUUCGAAUUCGAUUUGCUACACAUGGAGCUGCCCUAACAGUCAAGAAUCUUUCACCUGUGGUUUCUAAUGAGCUGCUGGAACAAGCAUUCUCUCAAUUUGGCCCAGUGGAAAGAGCUGUUGUUGUAGUAGAUGAUCGUGGCAGAGCUACAGGAAAAGGUUUCGUAGAGUUUGCAGCAAAACCUCCAGCACGGAAAGCUCUAGAAAGAUGCAGUGAUGGGGCAUUCUUGCUAACAACAACACCUCGACCUGUUGUUGUGGAACCAAUGGAGCAAUUUGACGAUGAAGAUGGGCUACCAGAGAAGCUAAUGCAAAAAACUCAACAGUAUCACAAGGAAAGAGAACAGCCUCCACGUUUUGCUCAGCCUGGAACAUUUGAGUUUGAGUAUGCUUCACGGUGGAAGGCUCUUGAUGAGAUGGAAAAGCAACAGCGUGAACAGGUUGACAGGAACAUUAGAGAAGCCAAAGAAAAACUAGAGGCAGAAAUGGAAGCAGCUAGACAUGAGCAUCAGCUAAUGCUGAUGAGGCAAGAUCUCAUGCGACGUCAAGAAGAAUUGAGGCGUUUGGAAGAACUUCGAAAUCAAGAACUUCAAAAACGCAAGCAGAUACAAUUGAGACAUGAAGAAGAACAUCGACGUCGUGAAGAAGAGAUGCUACGUCAGAGGGAACAGGAGGAAUUACGACGACAGCAGGAGGGAGGAUUUAAGCCAAAUUUCAUGGACAAUUUGCCAAGAAGGUUUCAUGCAAGCUAUUAAAAUAUGGAAAAUAGUGUUCUUCAUGAUUUCUCCAGGAAGGAUGAUAUACACAGUUGCUUUAGAGAAGCAAGACUAUUCACGUGUACUUUUUCUUGGAAGAAAAUCUGUAAACUGCAAUUACAAAGAUGAGAAAUACUGUCUUUUCAAAUGCUAAUGUUCUUCAUUCUCUGAUACAAUAGCUCUGCGUUGUUCCAUAUAUUAUGUUCCACUUUUAAGGGAGAGAGCAUGUGAAAGGUAAGCUGCAGCUCCAUCCAGUUUUAAUCAGCUUUAAAUCAAAAGCCUUUUCCAGAAGUUACAGAAGGAAACCUUUAAUAAUGAAGCAGUAGUUCAUCUUCAGGUCUGUUCCAAAUGUGAACGUUGUGCUUCUGGAACUUCCAGCAUUGUAUCAGUAGCAGUUCCACAUCUGACGUUUUCCGAACCAGAGUUGUGCCAAAUAAUGCAAAUAAAGUUUCUGUCUUAGCCUGUGUGAAGGAUGCAAUUAUUACAUUUCAAAAACUGAAUGUUCAGAGUUUUGAAAUUAAAAUGUAUGAAAUAAUUAUAUUGAAUUACUGGUUUAAAAGUGAAAAGUAUGUUAAGUUGGCAGUUGGGAUUUUAGAACCAUUUCUGUAUAUGUGCCAGUUAUUGUUGCCAUGUUAUUCUUUGUGUAGUUUUUGUAGUACCACUUAAUGCAUGUUCAGCAUCAUUCUUGCAUCACAGUUGUGUACGGUUUCAUAUUUUAUUCACACUGCUCAAUGCAAGUUUCUGUAGAAGGGGGGUACCUAGAGCAUUUGUUUAGUGUUAUGUAACUUGUUUAGGAUGCUUUUUCACUGCUAAGCUUGCUUUCUGUUUUGUUUUCACUCUGUGUGUUUUGUGCAAAAUAUGCUUUUUCUAUUGCAUAUGGGGAAGAAGUAGCAAGUCCUGAAAACAUGUUUAAGGAAAGUAAAUGGAAGUCCUGGAUGCCUCUUAGUGCUUCUAAAAUGACAGCUGUCUUGGGAGAAUAAAAUCACUUGGUAUACAUUCAUGCACGAUUACACCUAGAUUUUUUCCUGCUUAUGGCCCACUUCAGUAUUAAUGGUAAGGAUAAAAAAGUCUGAGUAUAGUUUCCAUAGAUAAUCUGGCUUGAAUCACAAGCAUAUGUACAAGACAGUAAAUGAAUCACAAGUGACUUGAUGUUUGCUCUGAAUAGUACUGUAAUUCCCGAAGUUGUAUUAAACAAAAUUAAUUAGUUUCAUCACUUUAAAAGUGAAACUUUAAAAGUUGCACUGAGAGUAAGCCAAUCCACUGUGAGGGCAGGGGAAGGUACAAAUCUAUGGACAAAUCAUGCCCUUGUUUUGAGUGGCAUUAUGUUACUGGGCAUGCAAUUUUAACUCCUUAAAUUGGGACCAUUGUGUGAAACUGUUUCUAUAAAGACUUAACAAGAAAUAUAAUUUGUCCUCUUUUAACCAGUUAUAAGUAUUAAUUCAUUGUUAGCAUCUUAAAAAUUGAAUUGGUUAGAUUAGGCACAUGUACUUUACUGGAGAUGAUGGCUUUGUAGUAUAAAUAUCAGAAAUAGGAUAGUUGGAGCAACGGUAGUUACUGAAGACUGAUAUGUUGUGCCUUUAAGCCUAUUUAGAUAAAAGCUGAUCUUGAGCAUUUUUCUUAGUACCUUUGAAAUGAAUUCUUCUAUCUUUUUCUUCGUUAACAAUAAACCGGAAUUUCCCAGAUGUCUGAUAUUUUGGGGAAAUAAAUACUGAUUUUAAAACUCUGUGCCGGGAACCCUGGUACUACAUUUGUAUUUCUGCUUUAUUGCUGUAGUAGUCACAGAAGUACUUGCAGGUUUGAAAGUGUUCAUCUAGAUUUUUGGGGGAGGCUAAGGGAUUGAUUAUUGUAUGUUGCUUAAUUCUUGAGGCCUCACGUGGGAAAACUGGUAAUGUAGAAUCUUUUUGCUAUUAUUGUUUUUUAAAAAAGUUUACAAAUCUGGUAUCUUCAAAAUUGCCCUGUGUUGAGGAAGCUGAAUGGUGUCUCUUUAAAGAAGGUGGGAAAACUAUUUUACUAGAGGUCUUACAUUUAUGAAGUAUUUGUGCUCUAAAUCUUUCACUGGUCUGGCAGUGACAUUGUGACUCAACCCUAACCUUCCAUUAGUAUUAUGGUGAAAAUUCUGCAAGCUUCUGCAAAGCUUUAGAAGUGAUGUGAGGAGGUAAUGUGACAUACUGACUAUAGGAUUGCGCCAAAUCAUUCAUCUUUGAAGAUUGUCACCAGCCUGCUCUGUGUAUCCUUAUCCAUUCCAUUUAGGACAUUGUUUCCUAUUCUGAAUUCUAGGUUUUCCUUCAUUGUAAAUGGCUUUAACUUUUCCUGAUGAUGUGGAAGAAAUAAGCUGUAUAAAACUUUGGGGGUUGUAAUACUAAACCUGAAGGAAAUGGGUUAAAGGGAAGAACCAGAUGUCAGAUGCACAGUAAAACCAGUUAUAUGAUUUGACAAGUCAUUACGUACAUCUCCAUACGUGUUCUGUUAGUAUAUGAAUAUCAUGUAUGUAUUCUUAACCUGUUGUCUUGUUAAUAAGGAUUUAUGGCUCUUCUGGGGCGGGGGACGACGACGACUUUGUUUUGGAUUAAUUUGGUUUUAAACUUUCUCUUUUGUGUAAAUCAAUACACAAAAAUUAAGUGACAGAAUACAUGACAAUGUUAGAAAAUAGAUAGGUGCUCGUUCUUGAGUCAUAGAUGUGUGGAAAUAGUAAUAUGGAAACAUAGAAGUAGAUAAGUGCUCUUCAUGGACUUACAGAUGGGGGAAGAUGGUAAUGUGGAAGAGCAUGAAGAUGUGGUUUGACCUCAUCUUUCAGUUCUAAAAAUUGGAAGCUACCAUAAAAAUUAAAAAAAAAAAACCCAAAUAUGACUCUUGAGAAAUUUAAUCUAAAAAUCUUAAAUGUUGUUUCAGACAAUGUAAACGUGCAAAUAAAAUACAUGCUUUAAUGGACACAAUAAGUCUGAAAGCCUGUGUUUCAUUAAGAUAUGAAGAGUAAUGUUAUUGGGGAGUUGGCUACAUUUUCUCAUACUUUUAGUUUUUGCCUACAUGACCUUAAAGGAACAGAAGUGGAAUUUUAUUAAUUACAUGCAGGGAAAGGCUAAAUAUACAAGAUGAAAUCAUGCUGGGAAAGGACUGAAGUUCAUAUAUGUGUAACUUAAUAUACUGAUGCUUCCAGUAGAGGACUUCUGUCAUGAGUUGAAAGCUCCUGCUUAAAAAUGAAUGCUGCCCAAAUCUGGUCAUGCUCGUAUUGCAGGAAAAUGUUUUCUUUGCCUUGCUCAUGACAAAACAAGAACAGGGCUAUCAGAAUUUAAGUUCAUGAAGAACAUAAUUAUCUUGCCACAGUGAUAAAUCAGAGUAGUUGAACAGUCAGCACCUGAGGUAGCUUGUCUGCCAGUUGGGUACAUGUGAUGUAUGUGGUAUGACAUGAAUGUCAUAGCCUUCCCAGGACUUGAGAGUAUGGUAGUGCCUUCAGUUGUUUCAGCGGGUGCUUCAUUGGCCUCAGUUAAUGAAGUUCCUUCGUGGCUACAAGGAUGCUAUUCAAAGUCUUUAUCUCUUCUGCUUAGCAAAUAUCAGUCUCACAGUGACAGCUACUGCAGUUGGGGGUUGAGUGUGGUAUAGUCAUGGAGCACUUAUAUCAGUAUUUGCUCUUGCCAGCUCUGGUCAUCUUAGUUUACACCUUUUCAGUCAUUGCAGUGUGCUUCCAAAUGUUACUUUUCAUGAAUUAUAAAUGUAUUCUCAAUGAGGUAUUGAUCUGAGCAAGCUUAAGUAGCGACUUAAUAAAUAUACACAAAUUUUCAAAAAAUACAUGCUGGUUAUGCUUGUAAUUGUUAACAAGACCAAUUCCUUUAUGGAUCUGCUUGGGUGAUUAUUUCAGUCUGAUUCCCUAAUUUUGUAAUAAAGAUGCAGAGACCUGAUUCUACCUCCAGGUGCUGAGGUUCAUCUGUAAACUGUUUGGAUAUCUGCAUUUAGUUUACACAGUGUGGUGUAAACUAGAAUCACUCAAAAUUCAUGCAUAAAUACACCCUGUCAGAGCAUACUCAGCAAUCAGAUGCUGAUCAGAUGCGAGAUUUUGCAGAACUCGCAAUGAAAGUAAGUUGACCAAAAUAGGUUUUUAAAUAAGGCAGAAAUAAAGUUGUGAGAAGGCAAGAACCAGGUUGAGCAGAAUAGGAGAGCAAACUGUGUGCUCUUUGAAGAUGGUCUGUAAAAAGUAGUAGAAGAAUCUGAUAACAAGUGAAUGUUCUGUUAACCUUUCAAAGGAAUUGAUGUGUCAGUAUGCAGAACUUCGUUUUGAAAUGCGGACUUCAUUGGAGAAGGUGCUGCUUAUGUGGAGUUUCUUUCUCAAGACAUAGCAAAUAAUGUUUGUAGUGCAUUAGAAUGGAAGUUUUUUCCUUGUGUCACAAACAGGUAACUGAAGUAACUUUUGUGUUCUAGUCUGUGUUCAAAACCCAUUUCUCAUUAAUGCGUUGAUAUUUACAGAUUUACCUGACAAUUUUGAUAACUUAUUUUUAAAUGCAUAUUUUUAAUGUGAGAAUUACAGUAUGAGCUUGCAUCUUGGAAUCUGAAUGAACCAUGACAAAAAACAGUGCCAACUAUCAACCUCUCUGAUUUGAAAUGCUUUAUCUUGAAUAUGAUGCCAACUGACUGCCUUUGUAUGUAAGAUGGUAACAAAAGGAUGUUCCCUGUUUCUUGCCAUGUGGUCUUGGCUUAGUCCUGUGCAAAUGUGUUUUCAUCUUUAAGGCCUUUGUACUUUGUUCUCAAGAAAGUUGUAGCCAACUGGAGUGUCUUAAGGGGGGUACAUGGUGGAAGGGUUAAUUUUAAUAGUACUCCUAACACACUGAAAUGCCUGAUAGUAAAAUCUGUUAUUCAAAGUUGAAAUUAUUCCUAAUAACGUGCUUUUCAGUCCUCCUCAUUACACAUUAGCAGGUGCUUCCUUAGCUCUGCUUAUGAGAGCUGAGGCUUAAUACUUCUUUUAAUAUUUGAUACACUCAGAAGGCGAUUUCACUUUGGGUAGGUACAAUAACUUUGUUUUACAAAUAGUAGCCACUUCUACUAAAAUAAGGAAAGUAAUAUGGUAGUAGAAAGUUGAGAUAGGUCUUACUUAAUGCAGCAUCAGCAGUAUGUCCAAUUGUGCAAGUAAAGGACAAAAAGCUGAGUCUGAGUCCCAGCUUGCCAGAUGACAAAGUAUGUACAACAGCAGCAAGUAGGGAAUCUCUGCUUUCAGUUUUAUCUGGUUGAGUCCACAGCCUAUCCUGCCUUAAAAAUUUUUGCAGGUUCCUUGGUGGUGGUAUGCACAAUGUUUAGCCCAGUCUGAAUAGUAAUCUGCUUAGACGGGGCAAGUGUGGGCUUGGCUUGUUGCAAGGACUAGUUAUGUCAUACUGAAAUAGAUCCAUAAAUACCUUAAUAUUGACAAAACACAAGUUUUCAUGAGAAAUGAUAGCUUUAUUCAACAUUGCUUUGUGUGUUGUGCAUAAGCAGGUAAGUCUUUAUAUCAGUGGACCAAUAUGUGAUUAAACAUUUGCUGGAUACCCUGCAGUUUAACGCUAUUCUGUUGUUUUUGUCUUGAAAUACAGAUUCCUUUUCCUGUAUAUUUCAAAUCUAAUGUAAGAUUUUUUUUGUUUUCUACUAAAUAUUGCUUUAUUACGGUGGAAGCUAGAAGUUGGUGCUCUGUAUUUGUCAUGUAGUAAUCUGAGAUUAAAAUUGCUAUCCCACAGAAUUAGCGUAGGAAGGAAAUUACUUAACUGCACAAUGAAUGACCAGAAUGUUUUGACAGGACCAAUGGGCACAGACUGAAACACAGGAGGCUCUCUCUGAAAGUCAGGAAAUGCUUUCUUAGUGUGAGGGUGACCGAGCACUGGCACAGGUUGCCCAGGGAGGCUGUGGAGUCUCCUUCCUUAGCGAUAUUAAAAAAACAUCUAGGCAUGAUCUUGGGCAACUGGCUCUAGGUGGCCCUGCUUGAACAGGAGGAUUGGACAAGAUGAUCUCUAGAGGUCCCUUCCAAUGUUACUUGUUCUGUGAUUCUGUCAUCUAAAUAAAGCUUUGAUUUUUAUUGAACUUAAUAUGAAUUAACAUUAAAAAACUAUUACAUGCUUAGGUAUUUGAAUGAUUCCUUACUAGGUUUAAUUUCAGUACAGAUGUAUAUAUUGCCUAGUGUUAAGUUUUGCAUUUUCAAAUGAAGCACUGCAAAGGUGAAAGCUCUUUGAGUGAAUCUUGAGUUGUUCUUUGUAAGGAUGGUGCAACCACAGCUUGCCCUGCCCUUUCCCCCAGCACAGUCUUAUGGCUUCAGAGAUUUUUAGCCCCACAAAGAUAAUCAGUUCUGCUGUCAUUAUUUUGGAAGAAGAGUUUAGGACACUGGCCUAACUUGGCACCUGCUGCAAAAAUGACAGGUAAGGAAUCCUGCAGGAGGGAAUGGGGAGUGUUGUGUGAAGUUGUGUAAAGAGCAUUGCUAACACUUCUGAAAGUUUCACAAUGCCUUAGGAAUGCUGUUUUUUAAAUUAGAGAAAGUUAGGUUAUGUCCAAUCUAGGAAGUUUCCCUUGAAAAUAGAUUCUUCCCCAGUUUUUGGAAGAUCCAAAAUACCCUUAAACUAGUAAGGUCAUGACAUCUCAACUAUGUAUAAGUAUUUUUCUAUAAUACGAAGUUUAUGCUGAUUUUCUGUAGUCUUAAAACUGUGAAAUCUGAGAAAACUGUCUCUUAGGCUUUGUACACGUUUUUCUACUUUAAAACAAUUUAAAAAUUAUUUUGAAAUCAAACUAAAUUGACAUUAAUAAAACUGCCUAUUAUCACUAAAAUUUUCUUAGUUCGCUCAUCUCAGAUUGUAUGACUGUAAACUUGUUUGCACAGUGUGUAGCACAAUGAUAUCCUGACUUAUGUUAAAAGUAGUAGAGCAACGCUGAUACUACUCAACUCUGUGCUAGCCGUGCUUGUUUAACUAUAACUAUUUACAGAAGACUUUUCUAAAGUUGUUUCCUACUCUGUAUGUAAACAAGCCAUGAGUCUCUGAUAGGUGAGCUCACUCGGAAGAACCUGAUGUAAAACAAGCUCAUGAAAUUUUAACUUCCAGUGCUGAGUGAUGCAGUGGUUUCAGAUGCUUUUGAUCUGUCAGGUUUCUUAAGUUUUCUUCAUUAAUUGGUGAAGUGACAUCUACACAUCAUUAUUUCUAGGUGAAAGAGGUGAUACGGGUUAAAGGUUAUUCCCUUGCUCCUUCAGCAGUUUUAUACUUCUUAGCUGUUCAUGAUAAGGUAAAGUAUCACGAAAUGCUCAGGAACUUCGCAUCCGUGUAACAGGUCAUGUGAGUUCCAAAUGGAGAAAAUGAUACUGUAACUUGGAUGUUUUUCCAAGCUGACCAGCAUGAACACAAUCAUUGAAAGUAGAAGUCUGCACAUCUGGAGAAAUUUCUGCUGCAUUAAUGCCAACAUAUGUAGACUGGAUGAUCAUGAAAAUCACCGAUUAGCCAGUUAUUCUGGUGCUGCAGAUUCCUCAGCUUGACAUGGGAAUGUUAGCAAUAUAGGGGAGGGGGCUGCAUUCAAAAGUAUGGGAUUGAGGUGCUGUUUCAUAGAGUGUUACUUUAAUGACUAUAUGACUGCAGCCUAACAGCUCACAAAAUUUUGCAAAAUACAUAAUGCAUAUAUAUAAUAUAUAUAAAAUAUAACACUAUACUGUGUGAUAGAAGCCUGAGUGAUGUUAAGAAGUUGAAGACUUUAUUCCCUUCUGCUGAUCAAAUCCAAGCUUCUUUGAAAUUGUAGGGAAUCUUUUUUGAACAACAAAAGAUCCUUCUUUUGUAUUAAAUGCACAGUCUUAACAGCUAGGAACAUAAUGACUCACAAGUGAACAAUUUUUAUUGAAUUUACAAAGUACUUAUAAAUUUCAGUGUCUUCAAAUUCCAACAUAGCUUAAGCUGCACAAAUGAAAUCUUUGGCCUUUCUGUUUAAAUAUUUUCAAACGCUCAUCAUUCCCCAAAUACUGAAGAAAUAAAUUCUGAAUGAGUGAAGUUUUGCAAUCUAGGCAAAACAGAAAAAUAAGUGUCCCUUGGUAGUAGUAUUGUCACUGGUAUGGGUUUUACCUAGUCACUAGUAACUGCCACCAUUUUUUCUUUUCUGAAAUCUGAUCCCAGAAGAGGAAGAAUACUAAGUUCACGUUCCUCAUUCUGUGUUAAGAUGCUGACUUCAGAUACCCUAUACCUUAUAAACUGAAAAUUGUGAGAGGUAAAAUGUUUUUGAUAGUCUUGUCAAGGAAAUUGAAUGCCUUACUGGCUCAGGUCAAGUAGUAUUUGCCCUGUUUCUAGGAACUUAAUUUUCCUUUUGAGCCUUAAUUCUUUCACCUAAUUCACUUUUUCCCUUAAAUACUUGCUUCUAGCUGUCUGCAAGUAUGUGCUUUAAGGAGGGAAUUCAGGGGAAUGUAACGUGGGGAGGUUGUUGCAGUUGUCUCCUAUAACCACUGGCAGCCAUGCAGUGAUGCCCAGGUGACAAUUGAUUUACUCUCUGAGGGUUUUAUUGUUGCAAAUGUGUGCUUUUGGCCUCAGAAGAGGCUACUCAUGACUAAGGUGAGCAGGUUUGGCCAGACUUUAGUAAAAACUAAGAAUGGGGAGGAAAAGAUUGCAUAAUCAUUUAACAAUGUCUAGCACUGUAUCUUCUGUUAGUAUGUCAGCAGCCAACACUGUUAUCUGUUACCU